AUGUUCUCUCAGAAGGUUGCCCAGCAGUCGCUGCGACGGCUUGCCGUCCAACAGCCGAACCUCAUGCAGUCAAUGGUGAUGCGCGCUUCCCCCGCCGCCAUUGCGGUCGGCAAUGUCCAGAAGAGACUCAAUACUUCCUCCACUGACAAGGAGGACCCUACCCAGAUCCUGGCUAGACAGCGUCUGAACCGUCCUAUCGCUCCUCACCUGACCAUCUACAAGCCCCAGAUCGGCUGGAUCGGUUCCUCCCUGCACCGUAUCACUGGUGUCGCCCUCUCCGGUACUCUCUACCUGUGGGCCGCUGCCUACCUCGCCGCACCUACUCUCGGCUGGCACCUCGAGUCUGCCUCCAUGGUUGCUGCCAUGGGUGCUCUUCCUCUCGCCGCCAAGGUUCUCCUCAAGUCCACCAUGGCGCUUCCCUUCACCUACCACGCCAUGAACGGCGUCCGCCACUUGACUUGGGAUCUGGGCCGCGGCCUGACCAACCCAGCCAUCAUCAAGUCUGGCUGGACCGUUAUUGGUCUCAGCGUCACCAGCGCUAUUGCUCUUGCUUUCCUGUGA